AUGACCAGAAAGAAGAUAUACUGGGUCCCCAGGUCUUCCGGUGACCUUGUGAAUCUCAGCUUGGAUGUAGAUGAUGACACAGUUUCAGGACUUAGCUAUAAAACUUUCACUCUUGAAGACAGCCCCUGGAGCCAGCAGGUGAGGGAGCCUGAGGCACCAGAGAUGGGGAAGUACGACGCUGCCCGGAGAACCAUGAUUCCCUACCGUCCGAAGCCAAAGUUUCCUGCGCCCCAGCCCCCGGAUGAUGCUGGCUUGUUCUCUUACCUAACGCUGUCAUGGUUCAGCCCAGUCACGAUCCAAGGUUUACGGAAACGCUUAGAUGAGAACACCAUCCCCCAGCUGUCAGUACAUGAUGCCUCAGCCAAAAAUGCCAAAAGGCUUCGUCUCCUUUGGGAAGAAGAAGUCUCAAGGCAUGGGAUUGACAAAGCUUCAGUGCUUUGAGUGAUGCUGAGAUUCCAAAGAACACGGGUUAUUUUCAAUACGCUUUUGGGCAGCUGCUUCUCUGCCGCGAGUGUUCUGGGGCCAAUGCUGGUUAUACCAAAGAUCCUGGAAUAUACUGAAGAACGGUUGGGGAACAUUGCCUAUGGAGUAGGGCUUUGCUUUGCCCUUUUUCUCACCGAGUGUCUGAAGUCUCUGAGCAUGUGCUCAUGCUGGGUCAUCAACCAGCACACUGGCAUCAGGUUUCAUACAGCUGUCUUCUCCUUUGCCCUUGAGAAACUGAUACAAUUGAAGUCUUUAACACACAUCACCAUGGGAGAGGCCAUCAGUUUCUUCACCAGCGACAUAAACUGCCUGUUUGAAGUGGCGUGCUAUGGGCCCCUGGCCUUGCUCACCUGCUUACUGCUGAUAGCCUGCAGCAUUACCUCCUGCCUCACUCUUGGACCCACAGCGCUCAUUGCCGUGCUUUGCUAUCUCCUGAUUUUACCACUGGAGAUAUUCCUGGCCAGAAAGGUUGUGAAGAUACAGAAUCAUGCAUCUGAGGUCAGCGACCAGUACAUCCGCAUGACCAGUGAAGUUCUCACAUGCAUUAAAUUGAUUAAAAUGUACACCUGGGAGAAACCAUUUUCAAAAAUCAUUAAAGAUCUCAGAAGAAAGGAAGUGGAGCUCUUGGAGAAGUGUGGGUUUAUCCAGAGCCUGACCACUGCUACCUUGUUCACAGCCUCCUCCAUGGCCUCAGUAGUGACGUUCCUCAUCCACACAGGCUUACGGCUGAAACUCACAGCUUCAGUAGCCUUCACCACCGUGGCCACCCUGAAUCCCAUGCGGCUGUCAGUGGUCUUAGUCCCCUUCACAGUCAAAGGCCUCGCAAUGUCCAGGUCUGCCUCGGACAGGUUCAAGAAAAUUUUCCUCCAGGAGAGCCCUGUCAUAUACGUCAAGGCAUUGAAAGACCCCAGCAAAACAGUGGUUUGGGGGGAGGCCACCUUGUCGUGGAGAAAGACCUGCCCCGGGAUCGUCAAUGGAGCCUUGGAGCUGGAGAAGAAUGGACACACUCCUGAGGGGAUGACCAGGGCUCAGCCUCCUCUGGGUGCCCUCAGGCCAGAGGACAAAGGGGACACCCAGGCCCCAGAGUUGCACAAGAUAAACCGGGUGGUGUCAAAGGGGACCAUGUUAGGGGUCUGUGGCAACACAGGGAACGGCAAGAGCAGCCUGUUGUCAGACAUCCUGGGGGAGACGCACUUGCUGGAGGGCUCGGUGAGGGUGCACGGAGGCCUGGCCUAUGUCCCCCCGCAGGCCUGGAUCAGGGGAAGCAUUUGGGGAAACAUUCUCACAGGAAGCCAGUACGACAAGGCCCGGUACCUCCAGGGGCUCCACUGCUGCUCCCUGAACCACGACCUGGAAAUUCUGCCCUUCAGAGGCACGACGGAGGUGAAUCGGGAGCAGGACCUCAACCUCUGGGGGGGGCAGAAGCAGAGGAUCAGGCUGGCCCGAGCUGUCUACUCUGACCACGAGCUUUACCUGCUGGACGACCCCCUGUCGGCCGUGGACACCCACGUGGGGAAGCACACCUUUGAGGGGUGCAUUAACAAGGUGCUCAGGGGGAAGACCAACAUCCUGGUGACCCACCAGCUGCAGUAUUUAGAGUUUUGCGACCAGAUCAUUUUGUUAGAAGACGGGAAAAUCUGUGAAAAAGGAAUUCACAGUGAGUUAAUACAGAAGAAGGGGCGAUAUGCCCAGCUCAUCCAGAAGAUGCACGGGGAAGCCAUACAGGGCAUGUUGCAGGGCAUAGCAAAGGCAGCAGAAGAACUACAGGUGGAAGGUCAGGCCCAGACCACUUGUCCAGAAGAGCUUCUCAAUGAAAAUGCUGUGAAGAACGUGGCUGUGCUGGGGGUGUCCCGCUGCCCCAUGUGUUUCUUUGACACCACCCCAACUGGCCGACUCCUGAAAUGCUUUGCAGGGGACUUGCAUGAGCUGGACCAAUUCUUGCGCACUGUGGCUGAACAGUCCCUGCUCCUGAUUCUGGUGGUGACCACCAUCCUGAUGAUUGUCAGUGCGGCGUCUCCCUCUGUCCUGCUGACGGGAGUCAUAACACUCAUUGUUUGCCUCGUUUAUUUUAGAAUGUUCAAGAGGGCCAUCAAUGCAUUCAAGAGCCUGGAGAACUACAGUUCCCCUUUACUUUCCCCCAUCCUCACCACUCUGCACGGCCUGAGCUCCAUCCAUGUCUAUGGAGAAACUGAAGAUUCCAUCAGCAAGUUUAAAAUGCUGACGGUUGCACAGAAUAACUACCUGCUGAGGUUUCUGUCUUCCACGCGAUGGGUGGCACUGAAGCUGGAGCUCAUGACCAACAUGGUGACCUUGAUGGUGGCCUUGUUCACGUUUUUUGGAGUUUCCUCUGCCCCCUAUUCCUACAAAGCCAUGGCUAUCAGCCUUGUCCUGCAGCUGGCGUCCAACUUCCAGGCCUGUGUCCGGAUUAGUUCAGAGACAGAGGCAUACUUUACAGCUGUGGAGAGGAUGUUGCAGUACAUGAAGAUGUGUGUCUCUGAAGCUGCUUUACACAUAGAAGGCACGAACUGUCCCUACGGGUGGCCGCAGCAUGGGGAAAUCACAUUCCAGGAUUAUCAGAUGAAAUACAGAGACAACACGCCUAUUGUCCUCUACGGCCUCAACCUGACGAUUCAUGGCCAGGAAGUGGUGGGCAUUGUGGGAAGGACAGGCUCUGGGAAGUCCUCCCUGGGAGUGGCUCUCUUCCGCCUGGUGGAACCAGCCGCGGGCCGCAUCCUUAUCGAUGGCGUGGACAUCUGCAGCCUCGACCUGGAGCACCUGCGGUCCAAGUUCUCGGUUAUCCCUCAAGAUCCUGUCCUGCUGUCAGGGACCAUCAGGUUCAACCUGGACCCCUUUGACCACCGCACAGAUGAGCAGAUCUGGGAUGCCUUGGAGAGGACAUCCUUGAGCGAGAUCAUCAUCCUUAUUGAUGAGGCCACGGCCUCCAUUGACUUGGAGACGGACACCCUGAUCUAGUGCACAAUCUGUGAAGGCAUCCGGGGCUGCACAGCACUGAUUAUCGCACACCGUGUCACCACCAUCCUCAACUGUGACCGCAUCCUGGUCACGAGCAACGGGAAGGUGGUGGAGUUUGACAGGCCUGAGGUCCUGCAGAGGAAGCCCGGGUCCAUGUUCGCAGCCCUGCUGGCGACAGCCAGCUCUUCGCUGAGCUCAGGAGAAGGGAGACCGCAGUGA